UGGGAUUGGGUCUCCGCUAUCCGACUUGCCCUUCAUCACUUUCAGGCUGGGAAUAUCGUUGCUAUGAAAGAGUUCUUGCGUAUCUUCGAGACAAGCCAGGUCUCUGCACUAGGAGAACAAGGUGAAGCUCUUCUCCAUCUAGCUGUGGAAGCGGACGCGGUGGAUACCAUUCGGGCUCUCCUUCAAAAACAGACCAACGUCGGUACUCCAGAUAAAUACGGUCGUACACCUUUACACAUGGUGAAAUCCGUGGCGGCGGCCCAAGUCUUGCUCGAUUUUGGAGCGAAUGUACAUGCUAGGCGUCAUGCUACACCAGAGGGCUACAUGCCGCUCCAUGUCACAGCUUCCGGUGAAGUUGCAGAGUUAUUGCUACGUCACGGUGCACGGAUAGACGCAAAAUGCAACAACUCAGAUACCCCUCUCCACACUGCAGCAUCUGCCGAUGUUGUUCGUGUCCUAGGAAGAUACGGUGCAGAUCCCCUCUCACGCGAUAAUCGAGGAUGUGUUCCCCUACAUCGUGCAUUCAUAGAUGAGGUUGCAAUGAGCUUGAUGGACCUUUGUCCUGCUGCAGCCAGCUGUAUAGACAUAGACGGUUACACGCCUCUCCAUUGGCAAAUUGACAAUUGGGCUGGCGAAACGGUCCAACACGCACUUGAUUGUGGUGCCGACGUGACUGUCGUCAACAAAAACAGGACGACCGCUCACUUCGGUACUUCCAACUUCGCAAGAGUCAAUUAUGCAGGGUAUCGUGUCCUAUUCGAUGCUGUCGCCAACAUUAGCACACUGAUUCCUCAUGCGGACGAGCUAAAGUUAGUAUCACCCCCGCUACAUGAGAUCACUGAGCCAAAGUUGAUGGAUCUCUUCCUUCGCAAUGGCUUUGCAAGUUAUACCAACUAUGGAAGCCCUCCUUAUGGGCAUACAGCCCUCCACGCAGUAGCUGAUCGAGACAUGGCUCUGUAUAGAGCAUUUUCAUGGGACUUGACUUCCCCACGGCCCCUCCGUGAUCGAUAUUGGAAACGCCCAUUACCACCUCUUUCAAAGGACGCAAACCUCAUGAAGUACGCGUCAUUGGUUCCCUCCCGCGAGCUCAUGGAUCUACUGCUGAUGUACGGUGGCGAUCCCAAUGUCCUCAAUAAACACAAAGCAUCGCCCUUGCACAUAGUGGCUCAAAAUAUUUUUGGGGAUAAAGGACAUGCCGAUAAUACUGCCCUUGUUCAGCGUCUAGUGGAUGCUGGCGGUGAUGUUAAUGCAAGGAACAUCGAUGGCGAGACACCCCUGCACCUUGCUUCGCGUAUGGAGACCGUCAUCGCUCUUCUGAAUGCUGGCGCCAAUCCCCGAAUUGUUGACAAUGAAGGUGUGACGCCUCUUCAUCACGUCUACCGUUUGUCUGAAUCCUUCAGCAUCGCUGUUUCUACGUUGCUCGAGCACGGAGCAGAUAUUAAUGCUUCCGAUGAUGAAGGAUUUACUCCUUUGCAUUACGCGUGUCGGACGUACGAGGAGAAGAGUAGAGGGUUAGGGCAGCUUAAAAGGUGGAGAAACGUUCCUUACGACAAGAUUUGGCAGUCAUCCCUACCGGUGAAGCUCCGGUUGACGUUUGAUAACACUGAUGAGGUUGUUAAGGCUCUGCUUGACAAUGGCGCUGACGUUAAUGCUCGGACGAAGGCAGGGGAGACCGCAUUGGAUAUGCUUUCAAGGCAACCGUUUGAAUGGGAUGCAUAUAGCCAGUUGGUGGCACGUGGAGCAACCCAAGCUUCUCCCCAAACUGCGCCAUGGUGGAAUUUUAGGCUUGUGAAUGAUUCAAGACCAUGAGCGUAAUUUUUGGCACAUUCUGUUAACAUUCGAGAAGACGUUUGUAUCUGAAUAUGACGUAGGGUCGAUGUUGUCGUACGUACAGAAAUGAAUUUAGUUCCCGUCGUUGCGGCA